UUUGUUGUGCCAUGUAGCUUUUUUUUAAUAUAAAACAAUACCAUUCUUUUUCGCAAAUAUACGUAAAUACAUUCAAGUUCAAUACGGCUUUGUUAGCCUAAGGAAAAUUAGUAGUUAAGAAAAUAAUUAAUACGUAUAAUAAUUAUUAUGCAGACAUCGUGUAAGCAAAAAUCUCAAGCCUUUGGUAAGUUGUAAGCAUUUAUGUAUAUGGCAUUUUUUACAUUGCAUGUGUAGAAACAUUUUUAGGCAACAACAAGAUCUCAUACUGCGUGAGAUCUUCCUUCACUUGUUUAAUCUGGUCUGACUAAAUGCAUAACAAACAAUAAACAGGCUAACCUAUGAUGAGAAUGCAAACCAAUUGGACACUGAAUUUAUAAGUGACAUAAAAAGCAGAAUGAUCCUGCAUUGGAAUUAUCGAAAUCUCAAGGAUAUUCCAAAUUCCCUUCUGGAACAUGGGACUCACAUUAAGGAAAUUUACUUGAAGAGGAACUCUCUAACUUCUUUGCCGACGGAUAUUGGAAAGCUGGUAAACCUAACAAAUCUUUAUCUGAUUGGAAACCAAAUAACCGAAAUAUCCGAAAUUGGGAAACUGUGCAACAGUCUAAAGGUUGUUGAUUUGAGCCAAAAUUUGCUUCAAUUCAUUCCAUCGAGUGUUGCAAGUCUGUCGAAACUGGAGCAACUCGUGUUAACUCAAAAUCGUCUAACUUGUCUUCCAAAUGAACUUGGUCGCCUGAAAUCGCUAAAAUUUUUGGAACUGUCCGGAAAUAUGAUCUCCCACCUUCCUUCUCAAAUGUUUCAAGGAUUAGAAGCAUUGGAAGAAUUUGGCAUUGAUGGAAAUCCGAUACUACAUUUACCUCGCUGCAUUACAACGUUGCAUAAUUUGCGUUAUGUUUCUGCAUGUAAAUGCAAUCUUUUAUAUUUACCAACAAAGCCAUUUUACUAUUUGUUACAUGGCAAACAAACCGAUGGAAAUGUUAUUCCAAGAAAUGAAGCCCUUCAUGGCAGUCGAGAACAACAACGGUCACCCUUCAGUAGUGAUUUUAGGUUCCUAUUCGACAGCAAUCCAAAUCUGAAUUAUAUUCCAUACUGGAUGAUUCAAUUACUAGGAUCUGAUUUGGACAGUCACUGGUGUGGAUUUCUAGUGAAAAACAACCUUCCAGCCGAUCCUAUCCUUCAGCAGGAAGAAGACCGUCUUGGCACCAAUAAUAAUACUUUAUCCCUUAAUCCAAAGUUUAAUAUCACCUCUCAUCAUGGAAUAAAAUUAGUCCUUCGGCAUUGGAAGGAGCUCACUUUGUGUUUUGAUGAGGACGUCUUGCAAAUCCACACCGCAACCGCAGACCAGCCCCCAACCAUGUUGGAACAGUGUCUUCGAGUCGUGCACACUGAGAAUCUUCAGACAAGAACAAUGUCGUCACAUCAGUUCAGCCGCCGACAAACGCAAAUAGUUCAACCACGUCUUAAAUAUUCAUCAUGUGUCAAAGACAUGUCCUCCUCCUCAUCCGCUUCACAAUCACUUUAUGAUCCUUCUUCGUCACCACACUCAUCUGCAAUUGAAAUUGAUGGAUCAAUUUCGAAUUUGGAUCAAAAUAUCUCUUCCUCACACCCACCACCAAUCCUGCCAUUGAAUUUGAAGAGCAUAUUAGAACAAAGUGCUGUUGCCCACUGUUUCUCAUGCAUGAAACCUAUAUUUACCGAGACUUGGUUAGUUGUCGUUGGCGUUCCCCGGGGACAUCGACAUGGACCACAGAAUAAUAACGACCACCAUCCAGUACUACCAGAUGCAAAUGACCUGCAAAUUUCAUGCAUAUUUUUUUGCAGUAAGACCUGCCAUGAUAUGACAUCAUUGUUGAGCGCUUCAAAUUGGAAUGCUAUAAUAAAACAUGAGUUGAAGUUUAAAAGAAUUUCUAAAUAAAAAUAAUAAAUUUUAUCUGUA